AUGAUGGGUAGUAGGAGGGAAGAAGAGCGUAAUGAGAAGAUUAUCAGAGGGCUGUUGAAGCUGCCCCCAAAUCGCCGAUGCAUCAAUUGCAAUUCUUUGGGUCCGCAGUAUGUUUGUACCAACUUCUGGACUUUUGUCUGCAUGACUUGUAGUGGAAUACACCGUGAGUUUACUCAUCGUGUGAAGUCUGUAUCCAUGUCUAAGUUUACAUCCCAAGAAGUUGAGGCACUUCAAAAUGGCGGAAAUCAGCGCGCAAAGGAAAUAUAUUUGGCGGACUGGGACCAAGAAAGGCAGAGGUUACCUGCAAGCAGUAAUAUUGAUCGAGUGCGUGAAUUCAUAAAACAUGUAUAUGUUGAUAAGAAGUAUGCUGGAACAAAGACGGCUGAUAAGCCUCCUCGGGACUUGCAGAGGAUAGGAAGUUAUGAAGACGAGGGCAGGCGGGCAAACUCCUAUCAUUCUUUUUCUCAAAGUCCUCCUUAUGACUUUCAAUAUGAAGAUAGACGCUAUGGGAAACAUGGUGCUGCGCUUACCCGCAGACCUGGCUCAGAUAGAGGCAUUAAUGCUGGAAAUAUGUCUAAUUUUGUUUUUAGUCCAAUGCGCUCCAGUGGUAGAAUGUCAGAUGACGGGUUUGCAAAUGAAGGAUCUGUUUCUAGACUAUCGGACUACUCAGUGUCUAGCGGCGCUGAUCUAGGUAGAUCUGGUAUUGGAUCUCCAAAUUUUCAGAAGGAAAGUGGUGGUAACAGUCCCUCUACUCUGCCUACUGGAAAUAGUCUAAGGGACGGUAUCCCAUUUCAAACAGUAAAUUUAUUUCCGGAGGUUGACUUGAAGAAAGACACAAACCAGAUGACACAACCGCAGAGAAGUAUGUCCUUGGGAAGCAUACCGUCGGAUACCAGCACAACAUCAGUUAAGUCAGAACCUCAGCAAGUUGUGGUAUUUUACAAGGAGAAUGUCUUUGCUCCAAUUCCAUCUUCUUCUGCUACUCAUGACAGCUUGGGCUCCAUCAAACCCCCAACUGCUUCGUUGCCGGACUAUUCUCGAACUGCAUCUGUUGAUCUGUUCCAGUUAGACUCGUCUACUGGCUCUCCUGUUGAUUUGUUUUCUGUACCUCAUUUACAGUCAGCAUCUAAAAGCUUGCAUCAGUAUCAUCAAACUUCUCCAGCUGCAACAUUGGACUUGUUUUCUGGGUUCAUCGACAAUCAACCAGUUUCUACCCUUGAUGCAAUCUCAUCAGAACUCCCACUUCCUAAAAAUGAAGGAUGGGCAACUUUUGAUAAUAUACAGCCUGCAGCAUCUGCACAAGGGAAUGAAAAUCACCCACCUUCAUUAAUUACUAGUAGCGUGGAUCUAGCUGCUGCAAGGUUUGACCAGGUCGCAUCCCUGAGCACAAAAAUGAAGCCACAAGCAUUCCAAAAUGUUGGUGCUGAAAAGCCUUCCUCUCUACUGGAUCCUUGGCAUGAUGAUUUGCACAAUGCUGAGCUGCAAAAUAAUUCUACUUCUCAAACAUGGAAUGUCUUUGAUAACUCUACCGCGUCCUUCCCUAUUGAGCACAUGCAGCAGUUUAGUGAAGUAAACCUACCAGCAUACAAUGCUUUGGUGGAUCUUAAUCUGCAUUUAGGGCAACCGGAUAAAGAUGGUACAGACGGUGACACAUAUUUCCAACCCCAUGCUCCUAACAGCUCAUCUCAUCCUGUGUACACUGUGAUGGAUCAAACGAUCUCGCAGAUAACUCAUAGCAGAUCAAGCAACCCAUUUGAGCUUCCAUAUGAUACAGAUUUAGUGCCAGACAAUAUGUUCUUGGACAUGACUUCGUUGCAAUCUGCACUACCCAAUGGCAAUAUAUCACCAGCAUUCCUGGUGGAUCCAUCCCAGUCAUGGUUUCCCCAAGAUCCUGUCAUGAGUCACAUACCUAGUGCUGCUCCCCAAGGUGCCUUGUCGUAUAUUCCUGGACAGACUCCAAGUCCUCAGUUGGUGACGGUCCCUGCUCAAGGUUCAGUCGCUUCCGUGGGAGGCAAUCCUUUUGCCUAG